AUGGCAGAAGUCGCAGCAGGUGCUCUCGCUGUAGAGCAGGUCGUCUCAACUGGCCUUCAGGUCGGCGCAGCAGCAACAGUCGCCAAACCUACACAACCACUCACGGCAGUCUUGACUCAGAUUGCUAAAACUCCAGAAGAGGAUGACUCCCUCUCUCUUGCUCGGUCUCACCACUCAGUGACAGUCAUCAAUGACAAAGCUUACAUCUUUGGCGGCAAGAAGGACGACGGCAAACUAUGUAACAACGACGUCCAUGCGGUUGCUAUUCCAGGAGAGGAUCAAGUCCAGGGUCAAGGCGAGUAUGCGUGCUACCCAGCUGUAGGUGACGAAGGACAUAUCCCUCCUCCACGAAUCAACCAUGCGGCAUGUGCACGUCGCGACACCCUCAUUGUAUUUGGCGGUCAGAACGCAGAGGGCCAUGACGCGGACGAUGAAUUCACAAUUUGGGAAUGGGAACCUAAAGCGGCUCGAUGGUCGGCGAUAGAGGCAGCUGGAAAAGCGCCUCAGUCCAGACACAGUCAUCAGAUCUUCUAUGAUGCCAAGAAGGAUAACCUGAUUCUACAUGGUGGCUACGAAAACGAGCAGCGAUCAACAGGUACCUGGCUUUUCGAUUUCACGACCCGUCUAUGGCAUGUUCUACCAGAUGCACCAGCUGCACCUCUCGCUUCACAGUUCGUCGAAGGUACUCUGUACUCCAUCAGCGCCGAGUCAGACAUUCAUGGAUCAGUUCACUACAUCAAGACUGGUUUCAUCCAGGAUGAGUCACUUGACCAACUCCCCGAGUGGACAACCGUUGACUUCCCCUCGAACCCUAUUGUCCCAGGUCCUCGGCCACGUGUGGGCGGUGCCUUGAUUGCCGCCACCACAGGCCAUGGCCGUCGAUACCUCCUCUACCUCCUCGGCAGCCGCCAGGACGCCGAGUUAGCAUCCGCAGACGAGUCCUAUACAGAAGACCACCCUUUUUACUCCGAUAUGUGGUCACUACAGCUACCCUCGGAUGAAUAUAGUGCUACGCGUGUGAAGGAUGCCAUCCGAGGUGUGAUCCCUGGCGUCCAAACUGGCGCUUUCAGCUGGCAUGAGCUUGAGAUUGCACCGGCAGAGAUGACGCAGGAGGCUGGAAAGGUUCAUCCUGGACCGAGAGGGUUCUUUGGGGCGGAUAAGUGCUUGGACGGAAGGGGAGUCUUGAUGUGGGGUGGUGUAAAUGCAAAGGGAGAGACUGAGUCUGACGGCUGGCUUUUGAAGGUUUCCUAA